AUGAGGCUACGGGAGGCUGAGCUUAUGCGCGAGAAGAAUGAAUUGUUCGGUGCGCAGCAGGAGCUCUACCACCAUCUCAACAACAUGGCAAUGGAAAAGGAGGAACUGAUCCGGGUUCAUACCCUGGAGACAGCCGAGCUUCGCAAGAAGAAUAACAUCCUCAAGGAAACAGUGGAGAAGCUUGAAAGACAUGCCAGAUCCUCUGCCUCCAAUAUGGCAACUGACUUCUCUGACUUUGAGAACCUUACCAUGGACAACACUCCCUGGGAAGAACUCACCAUGGUCAACAGUCUCUCUCUCGAUGCUGAUCCAGUUACUAGCGCUCCUGCCAACGAGAGAAGCACAGAGAAAUCUGCGAACAGCGACUACCCCUUCAGCUGGAACGCUUUCUACAUGUGUCUUCUUUUUGGUGCCUUCAUCGCCUCCAACGGUACUUCUCUUUCUGCUCGCGCUAUUCCGCAGCUAUCGGAGGAAUACCGCGCGGAGUCUGCCAACGUCCUCAAGGCCGUCUUGUCUUCUUCUCCACCAGAACUUGCACAGCCUUCGAACCAGCCCGCCGUUUCUGCGUCGGCUGGCCCGCUCCCAACAACCAUCAGUGGGGCGGAGAUGGCUCAGAUGUCUGCGGGCACUGCCCCCUCGUCCAACCUAGAUGAGCUCCACGACUCGUUGGCGAUGCCUACCAAGGCGCAGGAACAGGAACAGGUCUUCUCGCUCAAUGCUGACCAGUACAACUCCUUGACCACUUAUGAUGACAACGGCGCUGAAUACAAGCCGCAACAGGCUUCACAAUUCCAACAAGCGUUGGCUGCGAUGCGGGGCAAUGUUGCGCAGAAGAUGCCGCACAAAGCUACCUCUGAUGUCUACUCGAGAUCACUCAUGUGGGAUCGGGUUCCUGAAAAGGUAAUCCAGGACUUCCGACGGAUGGUCCAGGAAUACGGUGUUUCUCCCGUCAAGGAAGAACAGUCCGGUUUCAGCCAGUCCUAA